UAAAAACGUAUGAAAGACCCGAAUUCAAAUUAACAUGUGCGAAAAUGAAAAUAGCAAUCUCAUGUCGACUUAUGUUUAUUAAUCGAGAGGCAUUUGCAAGGACUAAACAUAUUCCAGUGUAAUACCAAAAAGUCGUUGGGUAAAUGAAGAUAGUUUUUGCCGAAUGGGGAUUCAUUUCCAAGCACGAUAUUUAGCAAUUGAGAUUUAAAGUAUAUACUUAAAAAACACCACCAUUACAGCAGUGUAUAAUUCAGGACAUUGUUUUGACUAAUCUAAGAUCAGAAUGAAAUAUUGCAAAGACUUGAAUUUCACUGAGAUAUGGGUUGAAAAGGGCUUGAAUCCCUGCUUCAUUGACACAGUCACAGCGGGAGUGAUCUUCCUACAGAUCCUGAUAUGUGGCUGCGUUCAGUGUUCCCUCUACAAAAAGUAUGCCACGAAGCUGCCAGAGAAAAACCUACCUGGAUCAUGUGGUUUCUCGAUUCAGGUGAUACUGGCCUUUGUCUUGAUGCUGGAGGCGGUGAUUCAUGUGAUUCUAUCUGACACGUCAAUACGUGACCAGACCGUGGCAGGGUAUCAAGUGUUCGCUGCGCUGGCGAUGUUGUAUUGCUGGAUAGCGUCGGUCAGACUGAUGUUCUACGAGAGGAGACAGAUGCUGCCCUCCAUCCCAACUAGGGGCCAUGGACUCGUUUUACUCCUGUUCUGGAGUCUGGUUUUUGUCAAGGAGAACCUCCCCUUUAUAUCUUGGUGGAGUUCCAGUUACUGGUGGAAACUGGAAGGAUAUUCAGACCACAUCGAGUUUGGAUUAUGGAUUGUGCGAUACAGCUGUUCUUUGCUGCUGUUAAUCAUGGGAUUCUGGGGACCAGGUCUGAACAAAAACCUGUACCACCUACUGACAGAUGUAGAGAGUGGAACUUCCACGGGGAGAGAUCAACCUGAGUCCACCUGGAAGAACGUCAUCGGGAAGCUGAAGAUCAUGAUUCCCUACGUGUGGCCCAAGGGAAGCUACUGGAGACAGGCACUGGUGCUGGUGUGCCUCCUAAUACUGGGGGCGGGGCGCGGGAUCAAUGUACUGGUCCCCCUCUACAGCAAAUACAUCAUAAACAGUUUGACGGAUCAGCCAAACAAAGUUGGGGAUGACCUUGCCGAGUUGAAGGUCACAGGGCCAGAAUUCCGCUACGACUUCAUUCUUAUCUAUUGCUUGCUCAUUUUCCUGAAGGGUGGGGGAACAGGAACUACUGGAUUUUUGAAUAAUGCCCGGUCGUUUCUAUGGAUACCAGUACAGCAGUAUACAACAAGAAGAAUCCAAGUUCGCCUCUUUAGCCAUUUACAUGGAUUGUCAUUAAGAUGGCAUCUGCAAAGGAAAACAGGGGAGGUCUUAAGAGUAAUGGACAGAGGAACAAACAGCAUUAACAGUCUUCUAAGCUACGUGGUGUUCCAGAUUUUACCAACCAUCAUUGACAUCACCAUUGCCAUUGUGUACUUUGUGACCGCAUUCAACUACAUCUUUGGUCUGGUUGUCUUUCUGUGCAUGGUGCUCUAUCUAGCUGUCACCAUCUGGGUCACUGAAUGGAGAACCAAAUACAGGCGAGAGAUGAACAAGUUCGACAAUGAGAAGAAUUCCAAGGCAGUGGACUCUCUUCUUAACUUUGAAACAGUAAAAUAUUACGGUGCAUCGGAAUUUGAAACCAACAGAUUUGAUUUGGCCAUCAAGGACUAUCAGAUUGCAGAAAUGAAGUCCAGUGCCUCUCUGAACAUGCUGAACUCCCUCCAGAACGUGGUGAUCACCUUGGGAACCAUCGCUGGCUCGCUGCUGUGUGCCUACGCGGUGGUUCACUCCAUCAGCGACCUCCACCUGACGGUCGGGGACUACGUGCUGUUUGGGACGUACCUCAGUCAGCUUUACGGACCACUCAACUGGCUCGGGACGUAUUACAGAAUGAUACAGCAGUCGUUCAUUGAUAUGGAAAACAUGUUUGAGUUGUUGGAUGAAAGUCAUGAGAUAAAAGACAUUCCAGAUGCAAGGAGAAUAGCAGUCAGCACUGGUAAAAUAGAAUUUAGAAACGUCAACUUUCACUAUGAAGAAAGUAAGAAGAUUCUAAAGAACAUCUCCUUUGUGGUUCCACCAGGACAAACAUUUGCCUUGGUGGGUCACUCGGGCAGUGGUAAAAGUACCAUCAUUCGACUCCUGUUCCGAUUCUAUGACGUCGUCUCCGGCCAGAUACUCAUUGACGGACAGGACAUCUGUCUGGUGCAACAAGAAUCUCUACGACAACAAAUUGGUGUCGUGCCCCAAGAUACUGUGUUGUUUAAUGCUAACAUCCUCUACAAUAUUCGCUACGGUAAUGUUGAUGCGACAGACAAGCAAGUGGAGGAGGCAGCAGACAAUGCCGACAUCCACGAGAGAAUCUUAUCCUUCCCUGACGGUUAUAACACAGUAGUGGGGGAGAGAGGGCUGAAGCUUAGCGGGGGAGAGAAACAGAGGGUGGCUAUCGCCAGGACCAUUCUGAAGAACCCCCAGAUUGUCUUGCUGGACGAGGCGACGUCUGCACUGGACACAAAAACGGAGAGGAAUAUCCAGACUUCCCUGGAGCGGGUGUGUGAGAACAGGACCACCAUUAUAGUGGCGCACCGCCUGUCUACCAUCAUACACGCCCACCAAAUCCUGGUGAUGAAGGAGGGCGAAGUCGUGGAGAGGGGCACACAUGAUGAGUUGCUUCAAUUGAAUGGUUUCUAUGCUGACAUGUGGCAUCAACAAUUGACCAAGAAAGAGGAAGGAACUGACGAUAAAAAUGGCGUUCUGAACUCAGGAAGCAUUAAUGGCCAAGAUGGCGAUGCGACAUGAUUUUAUCUUGUACAUAUAUAAUCGUUAUUGAAAAUGCAUGGGUGUUGUUUUAGUAAAGCUCAUUAAAAGGGAUGUAAACAUUAAAAAAAGAUGACAUAAUACAUGUGAGAAAUAUUAGUAUAUUUAUAUCAAUACAUUUAUUUACUUGUACUUAUAUAUAAUUAUAGCGUUGAACAAUAUUACAGUCAUGAUCAGACCUAACCUAACAGAAAGUAAACCUCAACUACACCCUUGGUUUACUUUCGGGUUUACUCUAGGUUUACUCCAGGUUUACUAGUCUAAGAGUUGACUCAGAGUCCAAAGCAGACGCUACAUGUGUAUUUGUAAUAUACAAGGGCAGGUAUUACAGGCAACAAGAUGGUUAGAGAGAAGAUGGGUCAGCUUUACACGUCAGUGCGUUAAGUGGACCCCAAACACAAACCUUGACUUAACCCAAGUAAACCCAGAGUGGACACAAGUUUUCAAAAAAGUUGACUCGGAGUUAACUCCCGAAAGUACGGUAAAUCAGAGGUUUAGUUUGGGUCUGCUCUGGUUUUAAAUUUAAGUUGGGCCUGAUCGAUAUUGUAUGCGUGUAUAUCGAUAUUUCAAUGUUUAUGAAGAGGCAUGUGUUGUUUUUAUCUUCAUUGCUGGCUGAAGUAGUAUGUCUUCUACAGUAAAGGAGUUGGUAUGCAAUUUAUAAAUGCAUUUUUAUUUUUUCAUUAUUUCUUUUUUAUAUAAAAUAUCCUAGAUCUGAAAUACAUUUCUCUGUAACAUAUGAUUUUAGUCAGUGAAGAAUUCAAAUGAUUUUUUUUUCUAUAAAAAGUUUUCUUUGUAACCUUGACUUUUGAUCAGUUUUUCCUGUGGGAUCAUUUGGUACACAUAUGUGUUAUAUGUUUCCUUUUCCCCAUCCCAGGGUAGAGAUGAUCACCAUUAAUUUCAAUAUGACUAUUGAGUUCCUUUUUCUUAAUUCUUACUUGUCUAUAUUUUGAUGUGAUUUUUUUAAAAUUCAUAUUUAUUUAUCCUCCCAUGACCCAAAGAUCAGGAUAUACAAAUCAUGUAGUCAAUUUGUUGUCAGUCAGUUAUUGUAUAUUGUAAAACUUUGAACUUCCCAUCAACUUACUUUUGUAGUACAUGUAUAUAUUGUUUCAACUUGCACAUGUUGUAUAAUUAUCUUGGUUUAUAGGGAGGAAUGUAACAAUUAAAGGCCAAAUUUUAGCAUAAUAAUUAUUGUAAACUAUUAAAUAAAUUUAAAAAUAUUCAUUUCUAGUCCUGAACUUGCCAUUUGAUGGUUAUACAUGUACAUGUACCUACAAGAUUUCUGUAAAAAAAACAUUUAUACACAUUUAUACACACGGCUGUAUAUUCAGUACCAUGCGCAGAUCUAGAGGGUGGUCCAGACCCACUCCCCUGCAGAAUUCAACUUUCUUUAAAUUAUACCAAAAAUAUGCCUCGGACCGCCCCUCGCAACCUCAAGUAGUUGGAAAAUUUUCUGGAUCUGCGCACGAGUAUGUACCGGGUAUAUACUUUUUGUUUCUCAAUUUAUUUACAACUGCACUCAAACUCUCUGGAUUAAGUGAAUACUAAAUUCCAUCAGAUAUUUGUUGUAUAAUUAUCCAAAGAAAUCUGAUUAAACAAAGUUUAACUCGG